AUGGAUUUCGACACUUUGAAGGAUCAAUGGAGUGAUGUGGAGGACCGUGAUGGUAUCCGGCUCAGUUGGAACACCUUUCCGAGCUCUCGUAUGGAAGCCUCUCGCUUGGUUGUCCCCAUCGCUGCUGUCUAUACACCCUUGAAGGAAAAGCCCGACUCUCCAUUGCUCCAAUAUGAGCCGGUCACUUGCAAGCAACCCUGCCGAGCUGUCCUCAACCCAUAUGCGACUGUCGAUAUUCGCGCGAGAAUCUGGAUUUGUCCCUUCUGUCUGAUGCGCAACCCUCUUCCUCCUCACUAUAAGGAUAUCACGGAAAACACAAUACCCCCCGAGCUCCACCCCUCGAGUACUACGAUCGAAUACCAAUUGGCACGUCCGGCUCCUGCUCCCCCGAUCUUCCUCUACGUUGUCGAUACCUGCCAGGAAGAUGACAGCCUGCAGGCGCUCAUGGAUGCGCUCAUCAUGAGCUUGUCUUUGCUGCCGCCGAAUGCGCUGGUCGGUCUGGUUACCUACGGAACUAUGGCCCAAGUGCAUGAGCUUGGCUACACUGAGUGUGCCAAAUCUUACGUCUUCCGAGGAAACAAGGACUACACCGCCAAGCAAGUACAAGAAAUGCUAGGCCUCGCCCACGGUGUUCGUCCUGGUGCCCCUCAACAACAACAACAACAACCAGCUCGCCCUCCACUCCCUCCCGCCGCGCGCUUCCUUCUGCCUGUUCAGCAAGCCGAGUUCCAGAUCACCAACGUUCUCGAACAAUUGCAACAUGAUCCCUGGCCUGUUGCAAACGAUAAGCGUCCCCUUCGCUGUACCGGUGUGGCUCUGAGUGUAGCGACUAGCUUGUUGGAGAGCUCUUUCCAAAAUGCCGGUGCCCGUAUCAUGAACUUUGUCAGUGGUGCUGCUACUGAAGGACCCGGUCAUGUCGUUUCACCUGAGCUGAAGGAGCCUAUCCGUUCUCACCACGACAUCGAUCGCGAUAACAUUAAGUACUACAAGAAGGCUGUCAAGUUCUAUGACAACCUCGCGAAGCGCGCUGCCAACAACGGCCACAUUGUUGAUAUCUUCGCCGGAUGUCUUGAUCAAGUCGGUCUUUUGGAAAUGAAGAACCUUUCGAACUUCACAGGUGGUCACAUGCUGUUGACGGAUAGCUUUACCUCAUCCCAGUUCAAACAGUCAUUUGUUCGGGUAUUUGACAAGGACGCCAAUGACAAUCUUCUUAUGGGCUUCAAUGCCUCAUUGGAGGUUCUCACAACCAAGGAACUCAAGGUUACCGGUUUGAUUGGUCACGCUAUCUCUUUAAACAAGAAGUCGAGCGCUGUCGGUGAAACUGAAUGCGGUAUUGGAAAUACUUGCGCGUGGAAAAUGUGUGGUAUUGACCCGUCCUCAAGUUAUGGUAUUUACUUUGAGAUUGCCAACCAGGGCGGUCCCUCUGCUGUACAGCCUGGUCCUCAAAGGGGCAUGAUGCAGUUCUUGACAUACUACCAGCACUCUUCCGGUCACUACCAUCUACGCGUCACUACCACCGCUCGUCCCCUGAGUGGACCCGCUGGUGACCCGACACUGGCACAAUCCUUCGACCAAGAAGCUGCUGCAGUGCUCAUGGCCCGAAUCGCUGUCUUCAAGGCUGAGGUAGAUGAUGGUCCAGACGUGCUCCGCUGGGUGGAUCGCAUGCUGAUCAGGCUCUGCUCACGCUUUGCCGACUACCGGAAGGAUGACCCGACAUCAUUCCGGCUGGAGAAGAACUUCACUCUCUACCCCCAGUUCAUGUUCCACUUGCGACGAAGCCAGUUCUUGCAAGUUUUCAACAACUCUCCCGACGAGACUGCGUUCUACCGUCAUGUCUUGAAUCACGAGGAUGCCGGUGACUCCCUAGUCAUGAUUCAGCCUACUUUGGACUCAUAUUCUCUAGAAGUGGAGGGUAGCCAGCCCGUGCUACUGGACUCAGCGUCCAUUCAACCCCAACACAUCCUUCUUCUUGACACUUUCUUCCACAUCCUUAUCUUCCAUGGUGAGACUAUUGCCGAGUGGCGGAAGGCCGGUUACCAGGAGCAAGAGGGAUACGAAAACCUCAAGUUGCUUUUGCAGCAGCCAAAGGAGGACGCUCGGGAACUUAUUGGCGAGCGUUUCCCCCUGCCCCGAUUCAUUGUCUGUGAUGCAGGUGGAUCCCAGGCCCGUUUCCUUUUGUCCAAGCUGAACCCAUCGACUACCCAUACUACCGGAGGAUACGGCGGUGGCGUAUCGUCGCAAACCAUCUUCACCGACGACGUCUCUUUGCAGACUUUUAUGGAUCACCUGAUGAAGUAA